AUGGCUGGCCCGUCACCAUCCCCGCACAAGCCGCGGCGGAAGCCCAAGAAGACCGGCGUGCUGGCUGACCUCGACGCGAACAGCGGCACGAGCAGCAACGGCAACGGCGGCUCCGUGGCGGAAGGCCUCAUCCGCUCGCCGGCCUACCCCCUCGCCGCGUUUUUGUGGCCGGCACGCGGCUCGGUCUCGCAAUGGGAGCUUCUGCCGUUGAUUCUGAUGGUGGUUGGGCUGUUUCGGUGGGCCGCCGGUCUCUGGGGCUACUCGGGCUUCAACAAGCCGCCGCAGUUUGGCGACUACGAGGCGCAGCGCCACUGGAUGGAGAUUACGACGGCGCUGCCCGUGUCGCAGUGGUACUUCCACGACCUCGACUGGUGGGGCCUGGACUAUCCGCCGCUGACGGCGUACCACAGCUGGCUGCUCGGCAAGGUGGGCGGCCUGAUGGACGCGUCGUGGUUCGCGCUGCAUACGUCGCGCGGCCUCGAGACGCCGGCGCUCAAGAUUUUCAUGCGGGCGACGGUCUUUGUGUCCGAGUACCUGGUAUACAUCCCGGCCGUGGUCAUCUUUGUGCGGCGCUUUAGCCGGCUGAGCGGUGUGGCGUCGUGGACGGCGUCGGUGGCGCUGGUGGCGGUGCUUCUGCAGCCGUCGACGAUCCUGAUCGACCACGUGCACUUCCAGUACAACACGGUCAUGCUGGGCCUGGUGACGGCGAGCAUGUCGAGCAUGCUGGCCGGACGGCUGCUGUGGGCCGCCGUCUUCUUUGUGGCGGCGCUCGGCUUCAAACAGAUGGCGCUGUACUACGCGCUGCCCGUGUUUGCCUUUUUGCUCGGCACCUGCGUGUUCCCGCGCAUCAAUGUGGGCCGCCUGCUGGGGGUUGCUGCUGUCACGGUUGUGGCGUUUGCGCUGCUGCUUCUGCCGCUGGUGGCCGGCACCAUCUACGACCAGCGGCGCGGCAUCCGGGCCCACGCCGGUCUUCCAGCCAACGCGGUCGUGCCGCUGCCGCUCUUUGCCGACGUGUUGGAGACAUACCUCGAUCCCAAGGCCUUCUACUACCCCGUCGUCGAGCAGCUCGUCCAGAUGGUCCACCGCGUCUUCCCGGUCGCCCGUGGCCUGUUUGAGGACAAGGUGGCCAACUUCUGGUGCGCGGCCAACGUCGUCAUUAAGCUGCGCGCGUACCCGGACGCGUUGCUGCAGCGCGCGGCGCUCGUGGCCACGCUUGCCUCCAUCCUUCCGCCCAACCUGAUUCUCUUCUUGCGGCCCAGCCGCCUGCUGCUGCCCUACGCCUUUGCUGCCACCGCCUGGGGCUUCUUCCUGUUCAGCUACCAGGUCCACGAGAAGAGCGUGCUGCUCCCGCUGCUGCCGACGACGCUGCUGCUGGCCGGCCACGGCGGCCUCAGCGGCAGCACACGCGCCUGGGUCGGCUUUGCGAACCUGCUGGGCGCGUGGACCAUGUUUCCCCUGCUCAAGCGGGUCGACCUGGCCGUGCCCUACGGCGUCCUGACGCUGCUCUGGGCGUACCUGCUCGGCCUGCCGCCAACCACUGUGUCGGCCUACUUCCCGGGCGCGGAGACGUCCUACCACAGCAGCAGCAACAACAACAACAACAGCAUCGCGAGCAGCCAGAGCUCGUCCGCCAAGACCGACAGCAGCGCCAACCUCUGGGGCGCCGCGCUGAUCCACGGGCCCUUUUACCUCGCCAUGGUCAUGUGGCACGUCCUGGAGGCCACACUGGCACCACCUGCCGACAAGCCCGACCUCUGGGUCGUCGCCAAUGUGGGCGUCGGCGCCGCCGGCUUCGGGAUUUGUUACUUGUGGUGUCUGUGGCGCCUGCUCGUGGACAGCGAGCUGCUGCCGCGGUCCUGGUUCAAAACGGACAAGAAGGUGAAGAAGCAGUAG